AUGUCAAAGCCAAGUGGGAAAUUGGCGAAGACGUCAAACUUCGAAUCUAAUGUGAAAGUUAGGCUUAAGUCUUUCAUUGUCGAUGCUGAUUCUGGAAUCCAUUUUAAUUUAUAUCGUUAUUUUCAGAUUCCACCUCCAAAAUCAAUAAUAAGCGAUAAUGAUACAAAAAUAUCUAUUCCACUCAUAUGUGAAGCAGAAUGUGCAAUAUAUUGCAACGGAAAAUCAUUAACAUGCCCCAUAAUUUUAUAUUCAACUCAAGUUAAGAUUGAAAACCAUAAGUUACCUGAAAUAUUACCGGAUUAUAACGUAUCAAGAAGACAAUUUGUAUUUAAUUGGGAUAGAGAUGUAGAAUUUCCCAUUUUUAUUUCAGAAUUACCUGUUGAUUCUAUAAUUGGCUUCAAAUUCUUUGCAAAAGCUUUUAACACAGAUAGAAAAUUCGUAGGACAAACUCAAUUACGAUUUUUCACAUGUUCAACGAUUCCAAGAUUAAGAUUAGGCUUCUUUCCUUUAGUUUUUGAUGGAACUCGGCCAACAAAACUAUCAAAGCAUAUAAGAAGGCUUUAUACAGGCAAAGAUAUCGAAGUUAGCACUCUUGAUUCUCAUUUACAAUUAAUAAAUUCAACGUUACACCCAAAAGACGCGGAUCUCUUUUACAGAUCGAUUUUUACUCCAUCAGAGCCUUUAAAGCUCUCUAAAUUCUCUCAAUUUGUACAUAUUUACAUCGAAUCUCCUUGUCCAGAUCCAACAACGAUAAUUUUACAUACUUUGAGUGCACCACCACGGAAACCACCAAGUCAUCUCAAUCCAUCCCAAAGAUUGUACUAUGAUUUAACACAUUCUGCUGUUGGUUUCAAAUCAUCUUCCUUCAAAGAUCCAAAAGCAACGAAACAAUUAGAAAAAAUCAAAUCAUAUGGACCAUUUGCAGAGUUACAGCCAAUGGACGUAAACUGCUUACAUAACAACAUGAGAGAAUGCUUCAAAGACCAAGCACUGAUGCCAGCUUUAUUCCGCGCAAUCAAGUGGGAAAAUGAAGAUGAAAGAGCCAAAAUUGAGAAAAAGCUUAUUGAUAGAGAAACAAUUGAUGUUGAAUACGCUUUAGAAUUCUUCACUGAUUUGUAUAAUAUUAAAUGCGUGAGACAAUUCGCGGUUAGAUCUUGUCGAAAAAUGUCUCAUCAACAAAUUCUUCUUUAUCUUCCACAAAUCUUGCAGGCAACGAAAUGUCAAUACACAGAAGGACUUGAUGAUAUAUUAGUCUUUCAUGCUCUUGAAGAUCCAAUUUUCGCUUCUUAUUUAUAUUGGAACGCACAAGUCGAAAAAACAGCUUUUGCGUCACUUUUACAAAAAUUGACAACUCAAAUCACGGGAGAGGUCAAACAACAGCUUGAAGACGAAAUAGACUUGAACAGAAGAUUAUAUGAUCUUCUACAGAACCAUCCUAAAGCGCCACCCACUGUUAUAAGAGAUACAAUUAGAGAUUUGCUAAAUAACGAUCCUGUUCAUUCUCAACUCAAAAGCUUUAAACCAACGCGAUUGCCAUUGGAUCCAAGUUUGUUUGUUGUUGGAAUAGAUGUCACUGAUGUAAAAGUCUUCAAGUCCAAACUUUGUCCAGUUUGUUUGGCGUUCAAACUCCAAAAAGGAGGAAUUUAUAGAGUCAUCUUUAAGAUUGGAGAUGACAUGAGACAAGAUCAAUUGAUAUUGCAGCUGUUUGAAGUUAUGGAUCAUAUAUUUAAAUCCGCUUCGAUGCAGCUGAAUAUUACUGCAUACAUGACAUUGGCUUUCAGUGAAACAUUCGGAUGCUGUCAGUUCAUCGAAAAUUCAAGGGCAAUUUUGGAUAUCGCGAAAGAUGGAAUGAAUAUUUUGCAGUUUCUGGCAAAUCCUGAUGGAAUUGUUGAUAAAUCAAAGAUUGACAUUUUCACAGAAAGUUUAGCUGCUUAUUCUGUAAUGACUUAUGUUCUUAAGAUAGGUGAUAGACAUGAUAAUAACAUUUUAGUAACAAAAGAUGGAAGAUUACUUCAUAUUGAUUACGGUUUUAUUUUAGGUGAUGUAACAAAACCGUUCACUCCACCAUUGAAACUGUCAAAGGAAAUGAUAGAAACAAUUGGUGCAAAUGGAAUGCAAAAAUUAUGCGAUUGGGCAUGCCCCGCUUUUAAUUCUUUGAGAAAAAGAGCGAGAUUAAUUUUAGUUUUAAUUGAAUUGAUGUUCACAGCUCCUUUGGAGUGUUUCCAGAAUAAUCCAAAGAGAAGAUUGCAGCAGGUUGAAAACUGUUUAUUACUGAAAUGCACUGAAAUAGAAGCUUCUAACUCAUUACAGGCAACAUUCGCGCAAUCUUUGAAUUCAAAAAUGCAAGUUUUCUGGGAUGCUGUUCAUACUGUUGCUGUAAGUACAAAUGGAGCCUCGGCUGAACAAUAA